GAAGGGGUUAUAGUUACAUCUACAUAUAUCUAUUUCGAAACCCUAAUAGCUCCCAUUUGAUUGUUGGGGCGGCCUCCGAAGAACACAAACAAACACACCAUACUCCAUCACCGUCAGCAGCCAUGGUAAAGUACUCCAAGGAACCAGAAAACCCAACCAAAUCUUGCAAAGCAAGAGGAUCUGAUCUCAGGUGCCAUUUCAAGAAUACUCGUGAGACCGCCCAUGCUCUACGUAAGAUGUCUUUGAUUAAGGCCAAGAGUUACCUGGAGGAUGUUCUUGCCCAUAAGCAAGCCAUCCCAUUUACCCGUUUUUGUCGUGGAGUUGGACGUACUGCCCAAGCAAAGAACCGUCAUUCCAAUGGACAAGGACGUUGGCCUGCUAAGUCUGCCAAGUUUAUCUUGGAUCUGUUGAAAAAUGCUGAGAGUAACGCAGAAGUUAAAGGGUUGGAUGUCGAUGCUCUUCACAUCUCUCACAUCCAGGUAAACCAAGCACAGAAACAGAGACGUCGCACCUACCGUGCUCAUGGAAGAAUCAACCCUUACAUGUCCUCUCCUUGUCACAUUGAACUCACAUUGUCUGAGAAAGAGGAGCCCGUGAAAAAGGAGGUUGAGAGUCAGUUGGCACCUAGAACCAAGAAGAACCAAGCUUAAAGGCGGUGUGUACAUCGUGUUGAGUGGGAGUUAUAGCUUGCUGGUAGAAAGGAAUAUGUUUUUGUUUUCAUUUAUUGUCUUGAAACCGUGUAUUUUGCAUUCUGAAAUAUUUCUUUCUUAUGUUCUAUCAUGAGAAGCUUGUGGUUUAUGAAUUUAAAAUAUUGAAUGCGACUCUUCAGACUUAAA